UGGGAAUUAUAACCCAUAGCAACGGUCUUUACCUACCUGCUUUUGGGACAGUAGUACAAAUCAACACCAAGGACUUGAACUUGACCAAAAAAGGCAUCAGAGAAACUGGACGAUAAUGGAGAGCCUUGGAAUGCACUUAAGUGCAAAUCCGGAAUACUGAGUGACAUGGUUAUGCAAAGUCCAGUAUUUUCCUUUAUCACCUGAAAUUAUUUACUCCCAUUAAAUAUGGUAGAAGUAAAAUUGAUUAUUGCAGAACACAUCUUGGCUGUCCAUGACAUUAAUUAGAAAAAAAAAAAUCUUAAUACGGAAUGAGUAACGUCCUUUAAAUGUUGAAUAGUGAGGAAUGUGGACUUUUAAGACUCAAAAUGAGGAACAUUCAUCAUAAUGAGGUUACUUGAGAGGUAUGAGUAACAAUAAUGGGUUUUCUACUCAUUAUUCGCUUUGCCCCUCUUUAUUGAGCAAAGAAGUCUAGAGCUGUAGCCAAGAUGUGCAGCAUCUCUUAUGCAAUUGCCAUAACAUUUUAAGAGCUAUGCAAUAACAUUUGUGUGGUCCAUUGUUCAUUAUUUCCAGAAACUGGAAGUACCCGUGGUGCAGCACCAUUUAGCUCCAAAAUCAAAAAUGGGAAUGCUACCAUAUAGUAUUAUUAAGUUUUCAUCUUUAUUUUUGCCAUUUGUACUGAACCAUCAGAGAAAAAGAAGUCUGUGUUAAAGUCACAUUAGCACAAGCAUAUCAUUUACGAACGGCUCUACUUCAACCACAAAAACAAGACAAAUGUCUGAAGAGCUGGUUAGGUUGCUAUGUACUUCAGAUUUUAUUCUGUCAAUCAGAAAGCUAAGAACUCUGUUCUUUAAUAUUUUACUGCAGUGAGUAAGUCAGCUCAGGACUAUAACUGUGGAGAAACUUUACAAGCAAUGUGGAGAAAUGCCUGAUCUGCGGCAUAAAUAAUUAUAUUUACAACUAAGUGAGAAGACCUGCAUUAAAAAAGUGAAACUGCUUAAAUAUAAGAAGCAGAUCGCAGAAGUUUUGGGGUUUGAUUAAGCAUGCAAAAUAAGUAUCUCAGCAGGAAGCAGAAAUGCAGAGAUCUGAAUUCCAGUGCAUACCUUACACUGAAGUAAUCUGCAAAGGAUGUCACAUGCUGUAGAUGAGCUAGAAGCCUGGAAGUCAAUUGCCUGACUGCAGAUUUAAAAAUAUUAAUAUUGCAAUUGUGGACUGCAUAGUUUUUUUUUUUCACUUCUGUAAACAAUACCAAUCAAGCAAUGGAUGAUUAAAAGGUUUAAAUGGAUUACCAUAUAAAAUAUAUUUUAUGCCAUUUACUGGAGCCAGCUGAGGGAGAACAUUGUGACUUACUGGAUUCUUUGCAUAUUCUGGAAAGAAUAGACGUCCCAAGUGUCUCCUACAAUAUGAACAUUAAGACUGAAUGCUGAAGCUGAAUUGUUGGAAGUGGGCAUUGUCAUUUGUUGAAAAUGCAGUCUAUAUGUACAGUGGAAAUCGGAACAGUACUAAGAGUUACUGAAAUUCUAGAGAACAUUGUCUGCAAAUGUUUUGGGCCAAAAGGAGGUCAGGUACUUUUUACUAAAGCUACAGGAGAGAUUCUUAUUACCAGAGAUGGAAGAACAAUUUUGGAAUCACUCUUACUAGAUCAUCCUAUAGCAAGAGUUAUAGUGAAGUGCAUUUCUACACACUGCAAUAUGACUGGAGAUGGUGCAAAGUCAUUCAUUUUGCUUCUCUGCUCCUUUCUAAGAAGACUCAAGACACUGGCUGAUAAAGAAUGUGGAUUCAGCACUUCUGAAAAUAUUCCUGAUAAAAGGAGGUGGCAGAACCAUGGUCACUUUCUGAAGCGCUUCUCUUGUAAUCUUUAUGCAUUUCAAGCACAAGUUUUAGACCAUCUGAUAGCACAGCAAGUCAGGCAGUAUUCUAGUUCUGCAUUUUCUCAAAUAAAUGGAAAGUCAUAUAUUUGCCAUAGAACACUAGAAGCAGUUUUAGAUGCUUAUUUCUUUGGCAGCAUAGGACAAAUUAACAAUAUAUUUAUGACUAAAUUGACUUCUGAUUUUUUCUUCAGGUGCACAGAAUCUUCAGAAAACUACACUGACAUUUUAGAUUUUAUUAUUGACCACUUUUUUGAAUUCCACACAGCUGUCAGUGGCUUGCCCAUUGGAUGCUCAAAGGUUUUAGAAGGGUUAGUGCUACAUAGAGACUUUGCAGUCUUUUGCCCAACUGAUGGAACUGUAAGAAUUAUAGUAGUGAGUGCAUCCAUUUCCCCUUCUUUGUCUGUCUCAGAUUCUACUUUUGUCAUCUGUUCAGAUUCUCAACUGCAUUCUUCUCAGGUUUGGAUCACAGUCAGAGUAAAAGAAGUAAUGACAUUUUUGCAGAACAACAGUGUAAACCUCAUUCUGAGCAGUGUAAAACAAUCUGAAACAGUUCAUUAUUUUGCAAAACUCUGUAACAUUUCUCUGGUAGAAUGUUUAUCAGAUGGAGAAAUCUCUUUGUUUUGUUGCAUUACAGGAAUUUCAGCUUUUGCAUCCAUUGAGGAUAUUAUUCAGAGUGAGAUUGUCACUGUUACUGCAACAGCAGCGUUUUACAAACCAUUAGUACUUGGAGCUCACAGAUAUGUUCACCUGCAUUUGCUAAGCAUAAAAGACUUUAAACCCCACUGUGUAGUGAUUUAUGGCCCUGUCCAGGGUUUAACAGAGCAGUAUGUUGUGGCUUUGGUGGGUGCUCUGAAGGUAUUAAAGCAUCUAUUAAAACCAGUUAAUUCAGGAUGUAGUCUUGCUGAGAUAAAGGAUAAGGCAAUGAUUUUACCAAAAGACGUAGCUAACUCCUGUACUGCUGUGUUAAAUGAAGAUGAUGUAAACACUGUAGAUGCUAGUGUUAAAAUUGAAAGGCAAUGUAUGGAUAUCACAGAAUGUGUUGUUGAUACAAUACAUGAAACUCAAGGACCAGAAGAUUACCCACAGACUGUGACUGAGGGUGCAGUGUCUAAUGUACCUGAGGUAAACAGUAGUACCCUUUCACCAUAUGAAGAAAGAAGAGUUGCGUGUCUCCUUCAAACAUGUGCAUGUUGCAGUACUGUCCAGCUGCAUCACAAGAGCAAUGAUGCAGCAGAACUCUCUAGAACAAAACUUGAUGGAUAUUCCAUAGAAAUGCAAGAGUUUGAAGAGCAGGACAGUACAACAGCUGCAGUGGACAACAGCAGUUCCACAGUACCAUGCAAAAAACUCAGUGUCACAAGGAACUGUGAAAGAAAAUGUGACGAAGGAAACCAUACAUGUAACCUAGUACACAAAAAUAAUUUCCAGGUUGCUAAUUCACUGAUAGAGGCCGGUUCUGUUUUACCUGCAGGAGGUACUUUUGAGUUUUUACUGCAUUACACUAUUAUGAAUUAUGCAAACAAGUGUCAUAAUCCAGCUAUAAAUAAUGUAUGUAGUGUGAUAGCAGAUGGUUUGCUAAAUAUUCCUAGACAUAUUUACUGUAGUCAGAAAGGAAACAGAAACCUAUUACACAAGCUUACUAAAACUUUAGAUAACAUAAAGCUUUGCAGACCUUUGACAGUAGAUAAUGACUGCCUUGAAUCUGUGUCCUGCAAAUAUCAGCUGCUAUUGUCAGUUAUCCAGUGUUUAAUGAAGCUUAUUACAAUUGAUGCAGUGGUAGCCAUCAAAAAGAAACUUCAAACUGUGACAGACUGUGAAAAUCAGUAAAUGUACAUUUUUAAGCUAUACAUGUUUGUGUUUUGACAAUAAUACACUCCUGCAUAAAGUUUUACUUAAAGAAA